AGAAGAAGAAGCAGCAGCAGGAGGAGGAGGAGGAUAGGCGGGAGCUAGACAUACCGCGGUGCUGCUUUGUGGACAACGACUCCCAUUGUAGGGCGGAGAGACGUGUAUCUUGUCAGUAAUCCAUAGUCUUUGGUCAAACACAGAAACCGGUUUCUCUCCUUCUGAAGCAAGGACAUCUGUCCUUGAGGUGGAUAGAUAAAAGUAUCGGGUGACAUUAGUAGCAUAUUCAGGAUUGGAUGCUGUCAUUAAUGGUUAAAACACAUCUCAUCAGACAUUAUCUGUUCACUGCAGAGCGAGAGAGAGAGAGAAGCUGAGAGUGAGUGAGGGAGGUGGUAUGUGUGUCAUCUCGAUAGAGCCUCCCACCGGCGACUGCAUAUAUACUGUGAGAGCGGCGGCCGUCGGCCGUACAGAGGAGUGAUUGGGAGAUAUAGAGAUACAUCGUACCGAGUGUGCCGGCUCUGGCCCUGGCUACAGCCAUGCCUCUUCUGGAAGAGACCACUGUGCCUCGAGAGCAUCCCCCCACACUGCCUGUGGUCAUCAUAGGUAACGGGCCAUCAGGUAUCUGCCUGUCCUACCUGCUGAGUGGCUACAAGCCCUACCUGGACCCUUCAGCUGUUCACCCAAACCCUGUUCUGUACAGGAAGUUACAGGAGACCAGACACCUGCCCAUCACUGAACAGGAUCUGGAGUAUCUGAGUGAAGGUCUGGAGGGGCGGUCAGGAAACCCUGUAGCGGUGCUGUUUGACACCCUGCUGCACCCCAAUGCGGAUUUUGGCUACGAGUUUCCCCCUGUGCUACAGUGGAGAAGAGACAAGCAGCAGCACCUCCCUCACCUGGUGCUGGGCAGGGCAACGCCUGGAGGGGCCUGGCACGUGAUGGAGGGCUCCAUGCUGACCAUCAGUCUGGGCAUCUGGAUGGAACUGCCAGGGAUCAACUACCGAGACCUGACUAACAAUGGCAAAUGCAGGGGCGUGACCAACGACCGGGCCACUCCAGAGGAGAUCUCGUCUUACUACCGCAACUACGUCAAGCUGAUGGGCCUGAAGCAGAACUUUGUUGACAACACCUACGUGACCUCUGUGCAGAAACUUUUUCGUGGACCUGAGGGCGAGGGUCUAGAGAAUGGUCAUGGAGGGUUGGGGGAGGAGGGAAAGGAGGUGUACGAGGGGGGAAAGGGGGUGUACGAGGGGAGGGAGAGUGAGGGUGUAGAUGAAGGGGGAGGUGGGGGCCUGUGGGAGGUGAGGGGGUACCAGCGGGUGCAGGGCGACACCCACGUUCCUUUCUGCCUGUUUUCAGAGAAUGUAGUUCUGGCCACGGGCGCGUCUGAUUCGCCAGCUCAGCUGGGUGUGGAGGGGGAGGAGCUUCCCUUUGUGUUCCACAGCAUCUCUGCCCUGGGAUUGGCUGUGAGUCGGAAGAAGCUUGGGCCAAACUCUGAUCCGGUGCUGAUUGUGGGGGCGGGGUUAAGCGCGGCAGAUGCGGUUUUGUGCGCUUGUAACAACAACAUUUCCGUGCUGCAUGCCUUCCGCAAACACGUAGACGACCCAGGCCUCAUCUUUAAACAGCUACCCAAGACCCUCUACCCAGAAUACCACAAGGUCUACCACAUGAUGCACUCCCAGACCCACGCAACACCAAACAUGGCUGCCACCUCCACCACCAAUGGCCUUCCCAGCAUGGCCGCCUCAGUCUGCUCCAAGAUGUGCUCCCAGCCCCAACCCACCACAACUAACAUGGCCGCCAGUGGUGGUCCCGUUCUGUUCCCUGACUACACCAGCUUCCCAGAGCACUGCGUGGAGUCCUUCCAGCCAGACAUGAAGUGUGUCCUGCAGGGGAGCAACUCCCUCAAGGCCUUUAAGAUCUCCAUGGCCCUGGUGUUGAUCGGCACCCAUCCCAACCUGUUCUUCCUCAAGGGCCAGGGCCAGUACCUGGGACUGGACCCCACCAAACCCAUCUCCUGCAAGCAGAACCCUGUGGAUGUGCACCCCUACACCUUCGAGUGCACCAAGGACCCAGGACUGUUCGCCAUGGGCCCGCUGGUGGGAGACAACUUUGUUCGCUUCCUAAAGGGCGGUGCUCUAGGCAUUGCCUCCUGCCUGCUCAAUAGACUGAAGAAGAAAGGCAAGCUGAUCGCAGAAGUGGGAGGAGUAGGAGGGGAGUUUAUCUAGGUGAAGUGUGGAUGGAGAGGAACGAGGUGGUGAAUGAGUUGGAAGGGAGAGAGGAGGAAGAGGCAUCUUUAUUUAAGCGAAGGGAGAAAGGAGAGGAAAGAGGUGAAGAAAGGGAGGCGAGGACGGGGUUCAUCUUAGUAAAAAUAGCUACUAUAACCAAUGGAGUUCUGAGUUAAAAGGGCAAAGACAAACGUUUUUUAAUAUUUUAUUGUUUGCAGUGGACAUGCCUAUUUGAACUCUGAAGCUUUCUUACCACUUCUAAGAGAACUGAAAACAAUGGAAGUGGAGGCAGGCUAGUUACAGUUCAUGACCAGGUGCAGCCCACCACCUGUUACAGCUCCACUGUUCUGGUUUCUGCUGGGAAGCUGUCACAGGGUCUAAUGUCCUCUAUCCAGAAAUCCAAUCUGCAGUGUGACAAUGUUUUUUAGAGUCAUAUUUGUGACAUUUUGUAAAGUCUUGAGUUUUUGUUAUUUGCUCACCUUGUCUUUCAAGCAAGUGCAUUUUCUGAUUUCUCAUCUACUUUAAACAAUUGUCCUACUAUUUCUCUGAUGGCCUUCACCAUGCAAUGGACUGUGAACCACUACAACUCCCCUUUAAAGCUUCAGGGAAAUGGAACUUUGUAGAGAUAGGCCCAUAGCUGCUAUAGUGUUCCUGCCAUCAUCUCAAUUCUGAGUUUCUCAUCAGUGCCAAGCUACAGACCCCAAGCAGUAUCUGGUUGUGAUCUUUGAAAAAUAACUAUUUUGGAUGCAGCAGUUGUUAGCUAGAAUGCUAACGCUCAUUGACACAGGCUGUAGCAAAAGCUAGCCAAAUAGCCAUUUUACUGGUUGAAGUUGAAGUGUUUUUUAAGUAUAAUGCAGUUGAUUUGGGAUAACACAAACAUUAUAUUAAGCAGGACAUUCAUACACAAGACAUUCAGACAUUAAAAUCCAAAAGUUAUGUGAAAUGCACUCAUAAGUAAAAUCUAAAUAUAGGCUUUUUUGCUGCCACCAAUUUGCAGAAAUGUUAACAAACACAGAAAGGGGUCUAUAAAAUACUACUAGUCGACGACUCCUGAUAAGUGUACAUUGGAUAAACGCAAACUGUAGGUGCAUUCAUUGACGUCCAUCAGUCUGAAUACAAAACUGCUAGUCCAUUGCAUUUAUCAGGAGUUGACUAUCGCCUAUUGAAGUCAUAAUGACUAUGUUAAAUGCCCAUUUUCUGGUUGCCAUUAUGGAGUAAAUAUUAUGCCCGUGGCUCUGAUUCCAGGUCCGUAUAGUAUUCUCUGUGACAUGUCAUACCAUGUCACUUUCACACAGCCAUCAUACGCCUCAUGUGUUUGUUGUGCCAAAUACCUGUUACUGUAUGUAGAGCUGUGAGGACUGAGGGUAGAGUUUCAUUCAUUUAUUGAACCAGUCAGUCGCCUUUAGAAUGUGUGUUCAUAUGCAGUUUAUUUCCACAUGCAGUCGUCCUCAAGACUGAAGCUGCUUGCAGAAAACAAAUGGUGGAAUUGGGAUAAAAUAUAGAUUGUUGACAAGAUCAGCAAACUGAAAAUGUAUGGACAGUUCCUGGUCAAUAUGCUGUAUUCCAAACUAACCAGCCCUUAAGCACUAUAUCCAGACCUGAAAAAAAUGAAUCAGUGGUGGUAGUCACUCAACCUUGCCCCCAGAUAGACCAUCAGCUUAUGGCUAAUUACACCUACAUGUCCAAUCUACACAGUAGGUGCCUUGAUGAGAAGGGUUAACUAGGGGUUGAUUAAUAAGAAAAGGAAACAGCAGGUUCCCCAACCCCUGGGGUCUAACCAGGGUUUUCUACUACUGUCUUACAACACAUAACCCACCAUCUUCUCCUGUUCACAACAGACAGACACGCUGCUUUGUGCUUGGUAGAGUUGGACUCCUCUCUUGUACAACUCAAAUGAGUUUUUAAUAUGUUUUGUAUACUGUAUUUUUUAUUAUGAACAAAUAAAAAUCUUGAAACGUAAAACGUAACACCUAUUUAUUUGUUUUAC